AUGGACUUCGGUGUGAACGGAAUGUUCCCAAUGUUUCAAAAUCCGCUGCCAUGGCCAGCUAUUCCUUUCACACCUCUAGCGUUCACCCAACCAAAUCUGGUUCUUCCUCCAGUACCGAGUUCUUCAAAUGCAUCUGGAAUUUUGUCAUCAUCAAACACAGAAAUGAAUGGAGGAAUAUCAUCUCUCCUCGACCAAUUCAAAAACUGGAGUUUGAAUGAACAAUCCACCGGUCUCCAACAGAACCCUCAGAUGCCUGUGUUUCAUACGCCUCCAACCACACCAAUUGAAGCACUAGGAUUGGUUUCAUCACUCAAUAAUGGAGCACUCAACGUCACUCCGCACGUUCUGGCACAGCAAUUCAACAUUCUUCUCCCAAUGAUCAAUCCUUGCUUCUUCAACCUUUACGGUUUUGGAAUGGGUAACCAAAUUCAGCAGUUCAACAGCACGCUCAUGACUCCACCGUCCACAUGUAGCCCGGGAUCCCAAAUGGAGUCAUUCCACUCAUUCCAGGAGACCGCGUCUCCAAUUGAACUUUUCAACCAAAACCCCAUCUUGCACAAUCAACGAUCACAGUGUGAAGCCAGCAAUUCAGGAAUGCUGUUCAGAAUGCAAGAAGAUGUCAGAGCAAGCAACCAAGAAAAGUUUCCAUUUAUGGCUGCAAUGACGGUCAACUCUUCUACGUUAAAGAUUGAUGUGAACAAAACCCCAAAGAAGUUUGGGGGUUAUGGGCGCAAACAUAAAUAUGCCAUAAUGGAUAAAAAUGAUGAUGAAACAGACAAACUUCGUCUGGAUCAUUACUGUUGUACAUGGGAAGGCGUUAAAGAGCUCUCUUUCGUUAUCAAUGAAGUCAGGGAUCAUUUACGCCUCAAGCGAAUCAGAUAUGGUGACUUCUCAAUUCUGCUCAAUGCACCUAUUCCUGGCGUAACUGCCAUUGAAGCGGCAAAAUGGUUCCAUCAAUUUAUGCGUCAUCGAGAGAACAUUCCAGGCUUUUCAUUUCUAACACCAGACAAAAAAAUGAUUUUCGAACCAGGCUGCCAAAAUAAGACUGGCGGAAAGGCUUUCUACAACGAAAAGCGUGUAGACGACGUGCUUGCGGCAAUGGAGGGAACUGUAAACACAAAGACUUAUGAGAAACAAGCCAGAAAGACAAGACAGAAACGCUCCCAACAAAUGCAAAAUCGCUAUUAUUGA